AUGAGCUGGGACAGCGUGCGCAAAGGCAUAAGGACACUCGAAAAUGAGCUCGAAGGCUUGCUCACACAGUACUCGAAGCUCGCAGCAACGAACUCGACGGCGUACUCGAGCUCGGGCAGACUGACCGAAGCGACUCAGCGCGAAUAUGGCCAAGUCGAGCAACAGAUCAGCCAAAGCCUCGGCAGACUCACCGAGCUUGUGGAGCAGAUGUCCGAUCUGCUCGAUCAUGAUCCCACUGCUUCGACUGCCAUGGUCCACACAGCCACACGACAUCGCGAAAUCCUCGCAGACUACACGCGAGACUUUCGACGAACACAGAAGUCGAUAACAGAUGCCGAGUCACGCGCAAAUUUGCUGGGCUCCGUGCGAGAGGAGAUAUUUGCAUUCAGGGCGAGCACGAAUCCGAGCGCGCAAGAUCAGCUGUUGAGCGAACGGGGAAAGAUAGACAGCAGCCAUCGCAUGGCCGACGAUGUUCUCGGCAUGGCCUAUGAGACGCGCUACGAAUUCUCCCGGCAACGUAGUACGAUACAGGGCGUCAGCACGCGCAUCAAUGGCGUUCUAGCCCAGGUACCUGGCAUCAAUUCGGUACUCGGGAUGAUCAACUCCCGGCGAAGGCGAGAUACGUUCAUUCUGGGCGGUAUCAUCGCAGUCUGCACAUUGCUGCUGCUUUGGUACGUCUUCUGA